GAUUCAUUCACAGUUUUAUCAAUAUCUCGAGAAAAUGAGUGACUCUACUCCAGCUGCAUACAUUCACAUGGUGCAACACAUGAUAGAGAUAUGUUUGGGACUCAACAUGAGCAAAGAAGAAUGCAUGGAAGCUCUCUCUAAGAGUACUGGAAACAUCAAUCCCAUCAUCACUUCCACUGUGUGGAACGAGCUGGUUAAGGAGAACAAGGACUUCUUCGAGAAGUAUGAAGAGAAGCUUAUGAAAAAAUAAAGCCAAUGUGGAAGGUCGAGACAAAACCAGAUGAUUUAGAUUUCAAAAAAUGAUAUGUGAUUCUUUAAAAUAAUUAUCUUUGUCAUUUAUUCAUAUAUCCCAU